AGAGCAGGGAGGGAAAACCGGAGGAGGAGUGUGGAGAGAGGAAGGUAUAACGGGGGAGUGUGCACUGUGCAGUUGACUACAGAGAGGAGAGCAAGCGAGAGAGAGAGAGAGAGAGAGAGAGAGAGAGAGAGAGAGAGAGAGAGAGAGAGUGAGAGAGUGAGAGAGUGAGUGAGUGAGAGAGAGAGCAGCUCGCCGGCCCAUUGAGGAAAGAUGGCUACAGUCACUGCAAACGGAGUGCUGCAAGAGAAUGGAUUCAGCACCACGAACAGCGCCGGCAGGAUGAACGGGCUUACCAUCGGCCAGAACACCAUUCCAAUGAAGGACCACGACGCCAUCAAGCUUUUCAUCGGGCAGAUUCCCAGAAACCUGGAGGAAAAAGACCUGAAACCCCUGUUUGAGGAAUUCGGAAAGAUAUACGAACUCACUGUACUGAAAGACAGGUUUACGGGAAUGCAUAAAGGAUGUGCCUUUCUAACAUACUGUGCCAGAGAGUCAGCACUGAAGGCCCAGAGCGCCCUCCAUGAACAGAAGACUCUGCCAGGGAUGAACCGGCCCAUCCAGGUGAAGCCAGCCGACAGCGAAGGACGUGGAGACAGGAAGCUGUUUGUGGGAAUGCUCGGCAAGCAGCAGAGCGAGGACGACGUCCGGCGGCUGUUCGAGACCUUCGGCCAGAUCGAGGAGUGCACCGUCCUGCGAGGGCCUGACGGGGCCAGUAAGGGCUGCGCCUUUGUCAAGUUCUCCAGCCACGCAGAAGCGCAGGCCGCCAUCAACAGCUUGCACGGUGGACAGACUAUGCCGGGUGCCUCGUCCAGUCUGGUGGUCAAAUUUGCAGACACCGAUAAGGAGAGGACCCUGCGCCGGAUGCACCAGAUGGCGGGCCAGCUUGGCAUCUUCAGUCCCAUGACCAUCCAGUUUGGGGCCUAUGGCGCCUACUCUCAUGCUCAGAUGAUGCAACAGCAAGCAGCCCUGAUGGCAGCAACACAAGGGUCCUACCUGAACCCCAUGGCCGCCAUCGCUGCAGCGCAAAUGCAGCAAAUGGCAGCUUUCAAUGUCAACGGCCUGGUUGCUACCCCCAUGACACCGUCCUCAGGCACCAGCACACCCCCGGGCAUCUCUGGCUCAGCCGUGCCCAGCCUAGCCACCACGAUCGGGGUCAAUGGAUUCAGUGCCCUCCCGCCUCAAAGCAACGGGCAGCCCAACUCUGAGCCCAUCUACACCAAUGGUAUUCACCCCUACCCAGCACAGAGUCCAACGGUGAACGACCCUCUCCAACAGGCUUAUGCUGGCGUCCAACACUACGCAGCAGCCUACCCUGCCGCCUAUGCGCCAAUCAGCCAAGCGUUCCCCCAGCAACCAACCAUCAUUCCCCAGCAACAGAGGGAAGGGCCAGAAGGUUGCAACCUGUUUAUUUAUCACCUGCCCCAGGAGUUCGGAGAUGCGGAGCUCAUGCAAAUGUUCCUGCCUUUUGGCAACGUGAUCUCCGCCAAAGUCUUUGUGGACCGAGCGACCAAUCAGAGCAAAUGUUUCGGCUUUGUGAGUUUUGAUAACCCGUCCAGUGCUCAAGCCGCUAUCCAGGCCAUGAACGGCUUUCAGAUAGGCAUGAAGAGGCUGAAGGUGCAGCUAAAGCGGCCAAAGGAUGCCAACCGACCUUACUGACUCGUCUGCUGUCCAUACCCAGGAUGAAGGGCCACAACACCUUAUUUCCACAAGUGCAGUAAAAGUACAAAGACUUCUUGCUCUGCUACAUAUCAUGAAGGAAGGGUGGUCCCUUGAUCCUGCUGGAAACCCGCUGAAAGAUUGGGUGACUGAGAGAGGGAUCCCAGAGUUGUUGUUGUUUUGUUUUAUUUUUGUUUUUUCUUUCUUCGCAAAUGCCUCUUUUUUCCCCGUUUUGCUUUGGCGUCUGUGGAAGAAGAUUUUUUGCAGAGACCAACUUUUUUGCUGCUGUUUUUUAGACAUGAUGGGGAAAAAAACCUUUAUAGACUCAUUAUGCUCAAAGCAUGCAUACUGACACAGGAUAUAGAUAAACACAAAUAACAAAGCAAACAUACACAUUUAAAGAUGCUACACAUAAAAAAAGAAAAGAAAAGGGAAAAAAAAAAAAAAAAACUACCUUGUACAUGUAUAAAUACGUGCAAAUGCCAACUCAAGUACUGACGCAAACACAUGCGUGUGUGCACACACACAAACACACACACCAGCCUGCUGCCAUUUUGGUUUUUGUGCCUACACAGGUGUUGUGCUCUGUGACAGGGCAAGCUCUGGAUCAAAGAAGAAAACGAGAAGAAGAAAACGAGAAGAAGAGGAAGAGGAGGAGGAAGAAGAAGAAGAAGAAUCCAGGAUAAUUUACAUGCAUCAUUCCUUAGGAAAUAGGGACCAAAGGACUAAACGCUUUUUAAAAGAAUAUAAAUAUAUAAAUAUAUAAAUAUAUAUUUAAAAACUCAUACCUUGUAGCUGCAAGUAUUACAAUUUACUCGUAGUCAAAAAAAUCAUUAAAUCAAUAUCCAGUGGCCUACUGUAAGUACGAAUAAAAGAAAAUGGAAAUAAUGUAAAAAAUAAAAAAAGACAUGGCAUCGUAGUGUAGGGGCUGAUCUUUCGCUCUGGAUGCUGGUUUAGCUCCAGGUUGUAGAAUAGUAAAGUAGAUUAGAAAACAAUGUAGAUUUGCUAACUUUUGCUGUUGUUUAAAAAAAUACUUGAAGUUGUAAUGAAAAGUGGGCAAAAGGAUUGGGUGGGGGGGGUGCGGGUGGGGGGAACAUUCAUCUGCCCCUUGUACGCAACGAGUCUCUUUUUCUUGGAUGUUAAAGGUAUCAGCCACUGGAUAUCUCGCUCAUCAUGAUGUAUACGUCACCACACGCUCUGACAGCUAUGAACAGAAGAAGAAGAAGAAGAAGAAGAAGAAGAAGAAGAAGAAGAAGAAGAAGAAGAAGAAGAAGAAGAAGAAGAAGAAGAAGAAGAAGAAGAAGAAGAAGAAGAAGAAGAAGAAGAAGAAGAAGAAGAAGAAGAAGAAGAAGAAAAAGAAGAAGAAAGAAUGACAAGAGAAAAAAAAAACCAGACAGAAGUUACUCAUGUCUGCGCUGGACGGGGUGCAGACGUUUAAGGCUUCUCACUAGCCUUUGUGUUCAAGCGACAAUCCACUGUAAAGACCAAGCAAAUGGACAUGGGGGUGUGUCUUUUGUUUUUCUUUGUUCUUUUCUUGUCCUUUUGUAUUGCAACAAGGAGUGUGAAUUGUGAAGCCACAAAUUGUUAAGGGGUGAUGGUUCCACUAGAAGGACACAUGGACGGUCACGAGGGCAGCAGAAAGGGAGUAAAGAGACAGCUACUGAAACUGCCAGCAGAAUGAACUCAGUAUACAAAUGACACGGCCCUUAUAGCGUUAUGGAAUUCUGUCAAAAAAAACUAAGUAUGCCUGUUGUAAACAAACAGGACUGUAACGUGACAUGCCAAGGAUACGCGUGUCCACUGAUAUCAGCUGCAGAACUCCAGAUUGAGAACAAUCGCCUCUUGUCUCUUGGCAGAUGCUAACAAAUAUCUCUCUGAAGGCAAACUGGAUUUACUGGAUUGAUGGUAAAGGAGUGCAGGCUUUUAGAGCUUAAAAGUCUGUCAAAUAUAAUGUAAAUUCCACUAUUAACAUGUUCCCUGACCUGCUUUCUUCAUGUAUUAUACAUAGAGCCUAUGCUUGAACAGACUAUUUCUAAAUGAGUUCUAACAGUCACUCUUAACCAUCAUUCAGCUCGCUCGUAGCCUCUCUGACACCGACGCCACGCAGGACCGAGUAAAGCACUCCAGUUCUGUCAUGUCUUGAUUAAGGGUCCUGUAGCCUUUAUUUCGACUGUUUUAGAGCUCUGGAUGCCAGCUCUUCUCGAAAAGCAGAUCAAUAUGUUUGGAAUGAGUCUGGAGGGAGGAGCGAUGUCGUUUCAGUCACUCUAAACACUUCCCAAUUUUCUCUGUCGAACACCAGCUCACAUCCGUACACCAGCCCUUCGAGCACUGGCAGCUGGCUGUAAGAGGCAUGGCUAGGCAAGGAGAGAGGGAGGUGAAGAGAGGAAGUCAACAAGCAAACAUGACAUCGGGAUCCUUUAAACUGAUGCUUCUAGGAUCAUGCCCAAUUACUCAAUCCAGAAAAAAAUAGAAGCUGUAAUCAAGCUCGUGGUGACAAACACUAUUUAUCCGCCCUGUAUGCUUUCAAAGAGCAGGAUUAAAAGGGUUGGAGUGUACCUUAGGCUCGAGUCCAACCAGUUCCCAUUUACUAGCGAGACUCCCCUCCUUGCCGUUUCCUCCCUCUUGCACUAGCUUUCUUUAGACAGAAGAGCAGACCAGACCUAUUCCAAAGCGCUGAAGAGGGGACUGAUAAUGUGUGCCAGCAAAUUCUUCAAUGCACUACUAUUCUUUGUCAUUUACAUAAGCAGAAGGUCUUGAUUUGAUAUCAGUGUGCCAUGUACCCCCUCUUGUCCCCCCUGUCCUAAGAGCAGCCAUGCCUUUCCAAAACAUCAGCCCAACUGCCAACAGCCCCCCCCCCCACCCUUUAGAACAGCAUUUUCGAAACUGGCUAAUGUCUGUGCUCACUACCCUUCAAUUAUCUCCUGCACCGUAUUAGACAUGCUAUUUCACCUUUCCCUCUAAUCACACUGUAAUCACCAGCCUCUAUACAUUAGCAGCAACCAAGUGAAAAAUCACCGGGAUAAUCACUUGGACCAAAUGACGGGAGAGAUGGUCCCCUGCAUGCACAUGGAUGACAGAGGGAAGAUUAGAGAGAAUUAUGUUUGUGCCGACUCCCUAUCAAGGCUGCUGACAGCUGACCGGGCACCAAUAGAACCAGGGGCGACGAAGGAUGUGGGAUAAAACCUUCAAUAUCAUAGCAAGGUGUUGCAAAGCAGAUUGACAUUAGCAAAAGUGAAAAGACAAAAAGGUGGACGAUAAGCGAAUGUUUAAAACCAACAAUCUUUGCUGGAAAUCUGCAAAUGUGUAGAAGCAGCGGCGGUGAAGCGUGUGAUUGUGCUUCUUCUUUCAGCAUGUAAUUGUUUCUCAACUAUAUCUUCAGACACCACAGUAUUUUACACAAUAACUUCUAUAAUAAUUACGCUCUUAAUACACGUAUUGCUUUCUCUUGCUUGUAUUCCUGCUGGAACACAUGCAAAGCACAGUAGUGUUCAACGCUGAGAGAAUAUCCGUGAAGCACAGUAGCUCUUCAGAUUUAAAAAAAACAAAACAAACGUCGUCUUAGCCCUUGAUCGGAAGUUAGGUGGAAAUGCAGGAAGCUACAUGAUUUGUCUUGAAGUAGGUCAAAACAAAGCCAUGUUCUGCAAACCGUUUGUGCUCAUUAAUCAUGUGAAGCUGAACUAAUCGAUGGGGAAUCUAAUGUUCCAUGAGCAAUGAAAUGUCCUGUGCUUGUCUCUGCCAUCUUUAGAAUACAUUCUGCGAGCGCAGCUCUGUCAGGCUGAACAUGAACCUUGCAUGCCUGCUCCACUGAUCUUCUCCGUCUUAUAUCAGAUGCUGUACUAGUUCCCACUUGCUAAUGGCAGGUUGAGUCCCCGGUGAGCCCAAACCCAGUCUAGCCGAGUAUCCCGCUGUCUGCUUGGCUAACGGUGCGGUGUUCGUGUAGCAUCGCUGCUAUGCCAGGGCUAAAUUAAGCAUUAUGAAAUCAGCACUUCAACACUUUUGAUAAGGGUGCCAUUAUUACUUAUACACUCAGGGGAGGGUGUUACUGAUGUGCAUUAAAAACAGAAAUAGCUAUGAAACAUGCUCCAAAACUGCUAAAACAAGAACAGAUUGUUGUUAGAUCUUUCCAUUCCCCCAGUUAUUGACACGGGUCUCUGCUCGCCCGGCUCCCAGACACAGUUCUAAUCUGGUUUUAAGUCCAGGCCAUGUUUCACCUCUAAGAGCAAUGUGAAAUGUCAACCCAAGCUGUUGCCAAACACUGGCAUUUGAUUUGUGUCCUCUAAUUUACAAUGAUGAAAUAUAACAUGGCAUUUUAACCUCAAGGAUUAAGUAAGAAUCUAAUGAUUGUGAGAGUAUAACAUUUAGCAUGCCAGUCCAAACAUACAAGGCAAUGUCAAGCAUUAUGUCCCUACCCCCCCAACCGCAUUAAGCUGCUUCAUCUAGCAAACUCAGACUCAAUGCUUUAGCGUGCGCAUAUAGCCAGCGCUGUUAUAGUGAGCAUUAAGCUCACUUGCUUCUCUGCCACUGAUGCAUGCACCCACUCUCACGCUGUAUUAUUAAAUGAGAAAUUGCGGGGGGGGUUUAAUACGUAGGAUACCCGAUUGCGACUAUACGACUGCUCAUAAGGUCAGUCCUCUAGAGGAGCAUGUAUCCUCGGAGAACCCCUGCCGACGGCGGGCCGAGCAGAACUGCUACAGCAUGUCUACGAGUCUCCAACCCCCUGGGUGCAUAACACUCACCCUAAAAUAGCAGUGAUUGUCAAGGAAAGGAAGUGAAAUGUAAUUGACUGAAAGUGGAGAGAUAAUUAAAGGAACCUGUUGGACAGGAGGGAAGAAAUUAAUGCCUCUCAUUUAAUAGCUGCUUUGGGAGAGAGCUUUUCCAUCAUCUCACAUUAGCGCAGAGAGGAUUUCGCUGUGGAAAUGAGAUUUUGUAUGGAAAAGGGUGGAGGUUGAAAUAGGCACUGGGUGGUGGUGGUGGUGGGGAUUGCUGUGUGCUAAACUGACACUCCACAAAAUCACUCCCAAUACUCAGGGCAUCAGGCGCUAUGAUGUCAUGAUUAGUGGAGAGGUUCAGAGCCUUGCCUUACCCCUGAUCCUGAGGGAGGUCGAGCAGAAUCACAAACAAAGAGGUCAGUGCUGUGAGAUCGCGUCCCACCGCGGGGGAGCGCUCCGCCAGCAGAAGGGCCGAUGAACCACCCAAAUUGUUCUUUGGAUUUAUAGCAUCGCCAUCCAAUUCCAGCGAGUAACAAACAAACAAACUAACAAACAAAAAAAGGUGCCAUCUUCCUCCCAACAUCGCACAAGGAAACGCUGGAGGUGUGUGAUUAUGUUUAACAACAUGGCUGACAGUAAUGAAGACUUUUUUUAUUCCUUAAUGUAAAUAGCCUAUUAAAUACGAAAACAGAGGACGGUUGUAUAGCAGCGUGCGUUGAGAAUCCCAACUCUGUGGGACAAUGAUGUCACUAUAAAAUGUAUCCACAGCAGUGCAGGGAUCUAGGAGAGUUUUAGUUCUUUUAAGCCCUUUAAGUUUGGGCUCUGAACACACAUCCUACAACCCUAAGCGUCAGACUAAGGCUAAGAGAGUAUUUGACUUAGUGUCAAAGCUAAGCCACAGCCCCGAAGUGAUCCUUUAAUUAAGAUUCUGUGUACAACGACAUGUCAUGAUUUUUCUGACAGAAGAAAGAUUGCCUGUGCGGUAAUUGGAUUAGUCCAAUUGGGGCUGAUGAAAAGAUAUGACAGUGACAGUAGAGUUCAUCCAUCUGCAUGCUCACCGCUUGACAGUGCGACAAAAAAAAAAUAACAAACCCAUCAGCCACCACGACACUUUUUCAAAUUCAUUAGAAGUGAAAGUUUUGGCUUUAUAAGGAAGUUAGUUUUACAAAAUGAAACUCCAGGUAACAGUUUGUUCAACAUGUACAUAAAUCAUUUUCGAAUCAAACAUUUAAUACACACGGUGGAACCCACAUGUACGUGUUUAGGCCGAGAUCGGAGGAAGGGGAGAACCAAGAGAGCUGUUAUUGUAGAACCCAGCAGAACCCCCUGCUAGCUUGACUCAAUCCUGAACACACAGCUGCAUUACUCCUGUACAUACAAUAUAGCUUAUUUUUAAAUUAUGUUGAACCUUCUUUAUAAGCCGUACAAUAGAUCAUGUUCAAACGUUUAAAAAAAAAAUGAAAAGAAUAGUUAAUAUAUUUCAGUGAAACUAAGAAAAGGAACCUAUGAAAUAAUUUAUCCAAACCUGAAGAUGAAACGAUGUUAUUUCUUGUAUAGUGAAGCACUGAUGUUCAAAAAUGGGAUUUUAUACUCAUGUUGGUAAAUGGAUCUUUAUUUUCUCUUCCAUUGUGUUAUUAUCUGCUGAAGCUGGGAUAGACCCAUUGUCAUGAGGUUUAUUCGGAUACACUUUGAUCAUUGUUCUGUUGUUCUUCUUUUUCUUUUGGCUGCACAAUCCCUGUAUGAAAUCCCUCGUGGAUGAGCAACUUCAAAGAGAUUUUUUUGCUGACGGAAAGCUCUUAAAUCAAUAAUCAAGAAUUAACAAACUGCACUGUAAAAGGAUAAUUGAUGGUACUGGUCAUGUGGAUUCAGAAAAAUGAGUCCAUUGCACAACUGAGUUCAAAUGAAUCAGCAUUGCAUGUUCAAAAAGAAUCUCAUUUGAGGCCUUUUGUUGUUUUGAGAAAAAAGCAAAAAAAAAAAAAAAAAAAAAAUCUAACUUUGCAGUCAGAUUG